UGGGCUGGGCUGCUAGGACGUCACCUGCUGUUAGUCAGUGUUUGGGAUGUCGGCAGACUUACCUGCCCCAAAAAAGGGUGAUCCGUGCUUUGUCUGCACUGAAAGCCUUCAGAGGUCCUCAUGUAACUCAUCUUCCAAAGAUGAGCCUAAGGCUGAGCCUCUCCUGGGCUUGAAACUAGCCUCACAUGCCCCCUUGGAGCGAGCACAGUCUGCAGGCAGGUUGAAGUGCCCCAAGUGUGCCGGAUCCAGGAUGUUUUACUGCUACACGUGUUUCUCUUUAGUGGGCAUCAGUCAGCAGGAGAUCCCCACUGUCAAGCUGCCAAUUAAAAUAGACAUCAUUAAGCAUCCAAAUGAGACGGAUGGCAAGAGCACAGCCGUGCACGCCAAGCUCAUUGCCCCAGACGAUGUCACAGUGUACACCUACCCCUGUAUCCCUGAGUAUGAGAGCGAGAGACAUGAAGUUGUGUUAGUUUUCCCAGGUUCACAGUCAGUGACAGUGGAGGAAAUGUCAAAGCAGCUGCUUGAGAUUCCCAAGAAAAGUUCAGAUGAUUCUACAGAUGCUCCCUGCCCAAAAAGACUGAAGAGGGAGGUCAAGUCACUGGAAGAACAAUGUACAAAAAACCAGCAAGGAGUAUGUCCUCUCCAAAGGGUAGUCUUUAUUGACAGCACGUGGAAUCAGACAAAUAAAAUAAUCACAGAUGAGAGACUUCAAGCCUUGCUUCAAGUUGAGCUCAAGACAAGGAAGACCUGUUUCUGGCGUCAUCAGCGAGGGUCUCCAGACACUUACUUGGCAACAAUUGAAGCCAUUUAUUACUUUCUCAAGGAUUUUCAUAUGCAGUGCUUAUCAGAGGAGUAUCAAGGAGAAUACGACAAUCUACUUUACUUUUUUGUGUACCUGCACAAGCUGAUUAACAAUGCCAAGAAAGCUGCUGGGAAACUGUAAACAAGGUCCAUUCAUAUACAGUAUAGUGAGCUGCUGUGAACUCUCAAGAUUUGAAGUUUUGUUCUCCUAUAAGAACUGGCACAACUUGACAAAUCAUUAUAAACUGAAGACCAUUUUCCUUUAUGUGGACUGUGAAUACAAAAUCAAGGAGAGAAAAAGAAUGGGCAAACAUAUGGGUCAGUAAGCGUGCCCCUGAGACCAGAUAAAAAUUUCAGAGCUUUGAUCACUGCAAAGUGACCAAUAGUAACAAUUUUUUAAAAAUCCAGUGGUCAUCAGAGUGCAGGUUUCAGAAUUAAACAGAUUAAAGGAAAUUACAUUUUAUUUUGUGUAUUCAUUCUAGAUUUUGUAAAAGGUUUAACUUAUAUUUUAUAAGUUAAAGAAGACAGUGCUAGAGUAGAAUCUUUCAGCCCUGAUCGUUGUGUACCUGCAAUUUUUCUUUUGUUUGAGAACAUGUCUCAGUUACUGAGCUGAAUGAGUUCCAUGUCAUAUGUAAUGGUGCAAAAAUCAUUAAAGAUGUUUAAUUUUCUCUUACUAACAGUUGUCAUUAUUUCAGCAAAGCAGCUGGUAUAAUUAUAUGCUACAUCUUUCAUAGUUGUAAAACAAUUAAAGGACUGAUGCUUAGUAUUAACUCAAGAAAUACUGAAUAAAUUUCCAGGAAUACUGAAUAAAAAAACAAGAUUGUAUAUCUUGAAUCUUUGCCAGCUUUCUUUGACCAAUGGGAAUUAUGUUUCAAAAUUAUCCUAUACAAAGCCCUUCUCUAAAUGCAUUUGCAUGUUUUUUCGUCAUAUGAUUUAUUCAGUAACAGCUGAAUUGCACAAAAUUGCAUUAAGAGGUACGCUUCAAAAAAAAAAAAAACUAUAUACAGGCAUCCCAUAACCAGCUGAGAGCCACUGAUUGUGAGGAUGGAAAGUACAGUACAUAUGGAACCAAUUUAAAUGUUAAAACAGUGUAAAAGUUAAAGAUCUUUCACUAUUUUUGUGAUGGGCUAAGGCAGGUGGUGAGUUGGCAUUAUGGGUACAUAAGUUCAAUUUAGCAUCUGUGUUAUUUCAGGAACCAUAAAAAUUCAGGCCAUGCACAAGGUGCAGUUAUUUCUAGCUCUUAAGAGUGCUCUAUGUAGUUUCAUUUAACCUCUGAAUACUGUAGACAUUUUUAUAACUUCAGUGUUAAAAUUUUCUCUUAAAAAGUAUAUGUAGAUCUACAUAUCUAAAUACUUAUUAGAAUUGUAGUAAUAUUAAUGUUUAGAAUGUAAGUGAA